UGUCAGUAUGAAAACAUUGUUUUGUGUUGUUAUUUUGGUGUUGAUAGCUGUAAUUACCUCUCAAAUAUAUAGUAAAAGAGAUGGUUGUCGAGCCACAGCUCUACUUCUGUGUAAUAAUGGCAAUUCAGGUAUGAAUAAUGGUGGAAUGUAUCCUGGUAUGAAUAAUGGUGGAAUGUAUCCUGGUAUGAAUAAUGGUGGAAUGUAUCCAGGUAUGAAUAAUGGUGGAAUGUAUCCAGGAGGCAAUUACCCCGGUAUGGGAAUUGGUGGUGGAAGAGAUUUUCUAGCGUGCUGUUUGGCUAUGUGCGGUGAUGACUGUAUUGACUAAAGCAUGCAAUAUGCAAUUGACUGGUUCCUUUUAAACUAUUUUAUUCUGGAAAGAACUUCUGAAAU